AACUAAAUGUUGACUUUCGCUAAAAUACUGUCGAUUCUUAAAAUGUAUCAGUCGCAAUAUUUUGGUGGUUCAGAAGAAGCAAAAAACAAUUCUUUCCGGAAAUAACAAAUUCCGUAGACGGUGCAAGUACGGUGAACACACACUUUGGUAAAAUGAAUUCAGUGAAUUUUCUGGUUUUGUUCCUGGGUCUUGUUGCGACACAUGCGGGAUCCAUCCGCGCUGCGACAACAUCCCUUAUCGAUGCAACUACCAAUGUUGUAGCACAACAAGACAUUCGAUCUCAAUUCGAUCAAAUUUUGGUUCAAAUGUGCGCAUCAGAAAUCGACAGAAAUAGAACGUCGUCAGCGAUGGUUAAACUGGACCAAAUGUCUAACGCUAAGGAACAAUUCGGUGAUGUGGUCAAAUUUUUUACUCAACAUUACGUGGACAAUUUCGAUAAUUUAUUACGGUUCAUUGAUCAAAUCGUGACGACCGAACUACGUCAAGAAGCUUGCAACGUUUUAAGCAACACAAUCGAUUCGAAUGGCCUGGACUUGGUCAAUGUGCUUCGGUUCGAGAAUUUCAUUUAUACCCGACUGGAAAGUACUGCGACAGAUGAGGGGAAAGAUUUUUAUGUGAAAAUCCACACGAACGUUUCUCAUUAUAUAAGUCAAAGAUUGAACGAUUUCGUGGCCUCUAUCAAAGGGACUAGCAACGUCGACGUUGUACCUAAUUUAGCGCGUGUGGUCGAUUUGAAUAGCUUUGAUGCCAUGAACAAAGUGUUAGAAAUUACAGAAGCCAUACCGUACCAAAACCAGAUGCAGUUCGUGGGUAAAAUAUUAUCGAGAAUGCGGAAUGAGUCGAACUACAAACAUGUCUACCAUAUUCUUACCCGCAUAAUGUCUUUGAAGUAUUCUAGAUCUGACUUCAACAAUUGUAUUCUGUUGCAGAUUGAAAACGAACUUCCAUCCAAGUUAAAGCCACUCUUCACAUCGGAUGGUGAUUGGAGCAUAGAAAAUGUUGCAACGAAAGAAUUUAUGUAUCCCCCCGAUUCGCGAAAUCGCACCAGAAAUGUGCUCCUUUCGCCGCAAUCUCGCUCCCUUUGGGUACCAUUCCGUAACGCAUAUAUUCAUGACAGCGAAAUAUUUUUCUUUUGUUACGGCGUCUAUAAUUGUUUGAGCGUCGUUUCCAACAACAACGUAUCAAUUCCAAUUAUUGAAGCAGUUGAUAUGCGAGAUCCAGACCGCACACUUAGUCAUUGGUAUCUGUUGAUGAGCAACGAUUUAGAUACUUUUCAAAUAAAACGAACCGAUACCGAUCAAUGCCUGAAUGCCAGUGAGGAGCAAGUUUUAGAAAAUGGGGAGCUACGACGACAAGUAUUGUUUACCGAAUGUGGAUUGGAUAGCUUGUCAAGCAGAUGGCAAUUCAGAGCAGGUGAUCCGAAACAGUUUCCUAUGCGGAGGUUGUCGAAUUCAUCAAAGCAGUGUACAACUUGAAAAUCUUUUGUAAUAAAUGACCAUACUCAGCAACGU